GGGCAUCAUGCAAUUAAUUUAGCUGCGGUUGACCCGCAGCCCCAAAAAACAAUGAGCUAUAAAAACCGAAGACACACUUCGAGUUCAGCAGCACAAAUCAACCAGUGAUCCAAGCAGCAACAAGCCAAUCUCCUCAAGAUGAAAUUCCUGAUCCUCGCCGUCGCCUUCUUGGCCUGCGCCUAUGCUGAUGUCUCGGAGCUUUCGGCCGGUGGCUACGAUUAUCCCCAACCUGCCCCACCAGCGCCUGUAAAGAGCUACAUCCCACCCCCACCACCACCACCCCCACCGGCACCCAAGAACACCUACAUCCCACCCCCGGCUGCUCCUGCCAAGGCCUACAUCCCUCCCCCACCACCACCACCACCACCGGCGCCCAAGAACACCUACAUCCCACCCGCACCCGUGGCCGCUCCCGUGGAGACCUACAUUCCCCCCCGCUGCCCCAGCCCCCGCCUACAUCCCCCCGCCCCCGUUCAGGCCGAGGAGCCCAUCGUCGAGGAGAUCGAGCAGCCCGCCCAGGACGGAUACCGCUACAAGACCGUCCGUCGUCGCGUCUUCCGUCACCGCAACUAAGUCAUCUAAUUGUUGGCUAAUGUGAUAGUACCCGGUCACCUAGCUGGGGAAUCUGUUAAUGUUUUUUAAAGAGUA